AUGACUUUGGAGGAGAAGAAGGCUGCUGCGGCAGAGCAGCAAGUGCCCGUGCAAGAGGUGCAGUUAGGGACCGUUCAUGACCUACAGAACCUCAACGCGCUUGGGUAUAAGGCAGAGCUUCGUCGUAACAGGUCUAUGUUCACGUUGCUUUUCCAGUCUCUAGCUAUCGCAGCUAUUCCAUAUGGUUUUGGUGGUCCUCUGAUAAGCGCCAUCUACGGUGGUGGUCAACUACCUAUGUUUGUAGGCUGGAUUGUCGUUCUCGUCUUAGAUGAAGCGGUAGCUGUUUCGCUUGGGGAGCUUGCUUCCAAAUACCCAACGUCAGCGGGACCAUACUACUGGUCUUUCCAACUGGCGAGUCCCAAGUACCGGACAGUACUUUCUUUCAUCACAGGAUGGACUUGGCUCAUCGGAAACUGGACCAUCACCCUUUCGGUUAACUUCGGAUUCGCUUCAUUAAUUGCAGCGUCUGUCGCCCUCUAUCUUCCAGAGUUUGCGCUAGAAGUUACAUCGUGGCAGCUGUUGCUCAUAUUCUACGCUAUUACGAUUCUAACCUUCUUCAUUGUGGCAUUCGGCAACAAGCUUCUUCCAAUGGUAGAUACAAUAUGCGCAGCGUUCACUGCUAUUGCUAUCUUCAUAGUAUUGAUCUGCCUUUCCACGAAAGCCGAGGUUGGGAGAAACUCCCCUAGUACUACUUUGGGUGGAUAUGAUACGUCGAUUUCGGGCUGGGAUGGCUUUUCCUUCUUCAUCGGCAUGUUGCCUGCCGCAUACACGUUCUCGGCGAUAGGCAUGAUAUCCUCCAUGGCUGAAGAAUGCGGUGAUCCGACUGUGAAACUUCCAAAGGCAAUUUCACUUUGUGUCCCUGUCGGAGGGAUUGCAGGACUCUUCUUCAUCAUUCCAAUCUGUGCCACUAUGCCAGCUCUUUCGGAUAUAAUCGCCAACUCACCAGUGUCACAAGCGCUCCCGUAUAUCUUCAGCGCCGUGAUGGGUACACCAGGUGGGGGUGUUGGCCUGACAGUCUUGGUGCUAAUAAUCACACUCUUCUGUUCUAUCUCCAUUACGGUUGCUGCGUCAAGAUGCACCUGGGCGUUUGCAAGAGAUCAUGCACUCCCUCUAUCUCGACUGUGGUCAAAGGUCGAUUCACGUCACGGCACUCCGAUUUGGGCCUUGGUCCUAACAACAGCGGUGCAAAUGCUACUCGGGCUCAUAAAUUUGGGCUCGUCAUCAGCUUUUCUAGCUUUUGUUUCUGUCGGAGUCAUGGCCCUCGCUGCCUCAUAUGGUAUUCCGAUUGCCAUAUCCAUGUUCCACAAGCGCAGAGAGGUCAAUACAGCACGGUGGAGACUGGCAAAUAGCCUAGGGUGGGCUGCGAAUAUUCUGGCAGUUGUGUGGAUUUGCUUUGAGAUUGUGCUUUUCUCAAUGCCAACGGUUCUUCCGGUCACCGAGACUAGCAUGAAUUAUGCUAUUGUCGUGUUCCUGGGGUUCAUGGCUCUAAGUGCGGUUUGGUACGGAGUUCAUGCCCGCAAAGUGUAUAAAGGGCCACCCGAGUCUGAUGGGCUUGCUGUUGAUUCCUAA